GCCUCGGUCCCAUCACCGUUUUUCGACGGCUCAGAUUUUAUCUGCCUUACUUCUCGCUUUAAAUUAAAAUUACCACCCCCCCAACACCUAAACACACUGAUAUCAACGCUCUCAAACUCUACAUCUCUCUCUCUUUCGCUCCAUUCGAUCUGAGAAACCAUGGCGGAGCCAGAAUCGCUGGUGGAUAAGAUCUACGGCCACCACGCAUCGGCGUCUUCAUCGGACUCCGACGACGACAAGAAGAAGUCCAAGCACGACGUCGUUAAACCCAAGGUUGAAGACGACAAGCCGUCUACUCACGAUUCCGUCAAAUCCAAGAUUUUUAGGCUCUUCGGUAGAGAGAAGCCCGUUCACAAGGUUUUGGGCGGUGGCAAACCUGCUGAUGUCCUCCUAUGGAGGAACAAGAAAAUUUCUGCAAGUGUGCUUGGUGGUGCUACUGUAUUAUGGGUUUUCUUUGAGUUGCUUGAAUACCAUCUAAUCACUCUGGUGUGCCAUUUAUUGAUACUCUCCCUGGCUGUCUUUUUCCUGUGGUCUAAUGCAUCAACCUUUAUCAACAAGUCUCCACCACAAAUCCCAAAGGUUCAACUCUCUGAGAGGACUGUCCUUGAUUUGGCAUCUGCACUGAGAAUUGAGCUCAACAGAGCUUUUCACAUUUUGCGGGAUAUUGCAUCUGGGAGAGAUUUGAAGAUGUUCCUUGGUGUUAUAGCUGUCUUGUGGAUUGUGUCAUUGGUUGGGAAAUGGUUCAACUUCCUGACCUUAUUCUACAUAACUUUUGUGUUGCUGCACACAUUGCCGGUGAUUUAUGAGAAAUAUGAUGUGCAGAUUGAUGCCUUUUCCGAGAAGGCAUUGAUUGAGUUCAAGAAGCAGUACGCAGUGUUUGAUGCCAAGGUUUUGAGUAAAAUUCCCAAGGGCCCAUUGAAAGAAAAGAAGAAGGAUUAGAGAGACACAGACCAUGCUGAUGCAUGUUAAGUGUUUACUUAGGGGUUCACUUUAAGUUACUGUGUUUUUAGUCAAGGCGGUGUUGGAUUAUUUGGUUCCAUUAGAUUACGUCUUUGUGCGUUUAUGUUUUAGUUCUGGUUGGGUGCACACAGCUUAAUGAAUGAAUAUAUGCGUUUUAGAUCUCUGUGUUUCUGGAUGGCUGUGAUUUUUGCUAUUAGACCGUAAUUUUUAUAUUUCGGAACUUGAUUAUACAUUUAAUUUGAGUUUUAUUUCCAGUCUGUAAUGGAAAUUAUUAUCCUUAUAUGCCUUAAUUCCAAAUUGUUACUCUUGAAA